AUGUCAACAAAAAAGCGAGCAUCAUCCCCACAAAAAAAUGAAGAAUUGGAUAAACUACUCCAGCAGCGAGAAACUGUAGUGGCCAGUAUCUUGCGUAUUAAAAAAGUAAUUUCUGAAAAAACUGUUGAUUUAAACCCUGUAGAACUGGAAUGUAGGUUGGACAUUCUCAAUUCAUACAUUAAACAGGCCAUGACUUGCCAACAAAAAAUAGAGUGUAUCAACGAGUUUGAUGUAUUUCGGCCAGAUCUAGAAGAAAUCUGCGUUGCUUCGAAAUCAUUGUUUCUACAGGCGUUAGGUAAAAACCGCAAGUCUAGUAUCCCUGAUACUUCGCAUGAAUGCAGCAAUCAUCGUUCCAGGCUGCCAAGUAUGCGUUUACCUAAAUUUAGUGGGAAACAUUCUGAAUACAAAAACUUCAUAAGCCUUUUUGAAAGCUUAGUGCACAAUGAUCAGUCGCUAACUGAUAUUGAAAAAUUCAAUCAUCUCAUUUCGUGUUUGUCUGACGAAGCUCUUGGUACAGUUAAGGCAUUUCAACUCACUGAAACUAAUUACUCAAAGGCAUUAGCUAGUUUAAAAAGAGUUUACGAUAACACUUGUCUAAUCUUUUUCGAUAGUAUCUCGCAGCUUUUUGAACUGCCAGAAAUGAACAAGCCAUCUGCUUCUGCAUUACGCAAUAUCAUAGAUACUGUUUCUGCCAUAUAUGAGUCCCUAUUGUCAAUAGGAGAUGAUAAGAACAUUUCAAAUGCGAUUCUUAUUCAUUUAGUCAUGUCAAGAGUCGAUGCCGCCACGAAAUCUAAAUGGGAGGAACAAUUAGAUUACAAUAAGCUGCCGCUCUGGUCUGAUUGCGAGACUGCGUUAAAUAAGCGAUACCAACACAUUUCUGCUGACGAAGCUUCUACGUCAAGGUCUCGAUCGAACAGGCCAAAACAAGACAACUGGCAAGGUAAGAAUGUAAAAUCGUCACUUAUGUGCAAGAAAAAUAGUUCGCAAGAGGAAAGUAGAUGUUUGUUCUGUAAUGCGAAGGAACAUGUAAUAAAUUCAUGCUCCGCCUUUGCUGCCCUCUCAGUUACUGAACGGUUCAAUUUCAUUAAAUCAUCUUCGGCAUGUAUAAAUUGUCUCAAGAAAGGGCACACGGUAUCUAGAUGCAAGGCGUCACGCUGCAGAGUGUGUAAUCGGUCGCACCAUACUCUUUUACACCAAUAUUCUACUAACACUCCUCAAACAGGUUUAUCUUAUAAUCCAGAACAACCUAUUAUUUCUCGUGCCUCUGUGAAUCAUAGCUCAUCGAAUGACGAUCAAAUUAUUCUAGCCACUGCAGUCAUAACCAUUCAAGGAAAAUCUGGAGAGUAUCAGCUGGCCAGAGCACUGCUCGAUUCCGGUUCUCAAGUCAACCUUAUAACCGAGGAACUUGCACAACGACUGCAACUAAAAAAAGAAGCGAAAACUCUAAACCUAAUUGGCAUUGGUGAAACAAACUCCACAGUACGGCAAAAAUUACAUGCCACUGUGAGAUCACGUAUUAACUCUUAUGAGUUUUCUACUGAUUUUUGGGUAAUGCCUUCAAUCUCCACUUACCAACCCGACAAAUUUGUGUCAAUGAGUAAUUGGAAUGUUCCUUCUAAUCUUUCACUUGCUGAUCCGCACUUUCACAAACCGCAAAAGAUAGAUCUUCUACUUGGUGCCGAAAGCUUUUUCGAACUGUUGUCGAUUGGACAAAUAAAACAAGGUACUAAUCUUCCAAUUCUCCAAAAAACUUUACUUGGAUGGAUUGUAUCAGGAAAAUAUAAAGAUGUCCCAAGUAAUGUAUCUAAGAUAUGCAAUUUAAUACGCCUUCAAGAAGCAGAGUCAACAGGUGAUUUCUGCUUAAACUCUCUUGUGAAAAAAUUCUGGGAAUUGGAAGAAAUUCCCAAGGAGCUCACUGUCAAAAAAUACACAAUAGAACAACAACACUGUGAGACCAAGUUUCUCAACACAAUUUUACGCUUACCUUCAGGGAGGCUUAAGGUGCAGCUUCCUUUCAAGUCCAACCCCAACCUUCUAGGUCAGUCAUAUGAAACAGCAAAAAAUCGUUUUCUCUCACUGGAACGCAGGUUGUCGAAAGACUGUAUGCUUCAGAAGCUGUAUAUGGAGUUUAUGGCAGAGUAUCGUGACUUAGGUCACAUGACAUUAACUACUGACAACUUUUCUUCGACACCUCAUUACUAUAUACCGCAUCAGUGUGUGUUGCGACCUCAGAGUACCUCGACAAAACUUCGCGUCGUGUUCGAUGCUUCAUGCCGAACAUCUUCACAAGUGUCGUUGAACGACAUUCUAAUGGUUGGUCCAACGGUACAGGAAGAAUUGUAUUCAAUCCUACUUCGCUUUCGUAUGCACAAAUACGCGAUGACUGCUGACAUUACAAAAAUGUACCGUCAAAUCGAAGUUGACGAGGCAGAUCGCAAUUUUCAGCUUAUUCUCUGGAGGGAAAAACCUACGGAUCAGAUUAGCGUUUAUAAACUGAACACAGUGACAUAUGGUACUUCACCUGCUCCUUUCUUGGCAACACGUUGCCUAAACUACUUAAGUGACCUGUACAAGAAUUCUCAUUCAGUUGGAGCAAGGGUUAUCCGACAUGACUUCUAUGUCGAUGACCUAUUGACUGGUGCUGACAGUCUGAAGGAACUGGAAACAAUUCGUACCCAAUGUACUGAAAUUCUUGAUGCGGCUGGACUUAAAUUAGCGAAAUGGUUUUCAAACCAUAAAACGUAUGACUCGUCAGACUUCUUUCUAAAUGUUAAUAAUACUGAUUCCACAAAGGCGCUAGGUUAA